GCUUCGCGAUUCACGAGUCACAGCAGAGUAACAACCAGUGACAGCGAUGGGAGAGAGAAGCACGUCCACAAGUGGAGCAGGAGGCCUCUUCCUGGCCUCCCUGCUGUUCGCGGCGGUUUCUGCCACCGCCCUCCGCUUCGAGCUCGAAUCAGGCUUCACCAAAUGCAUCUCCGAGGACAUCAAGCUCCACGAAGUCGCCGUCGGCAAGUACUCCCUCGCCAGCCUCUCCGAUGACGUCCCCCUCCCCGACUCCCACAGGGUCUCCGUCAAGGUUACCUCACCGUACGGGAACAGCAUCCAUUACGCGGAUCAGGUGGAUUCGGGCAACUUCGCCUUCACCUCGAACGAGGCUGGCGACUACCUCGCGUGCUUCUCGGCCCACGACCAAAAGCCCCCCGUCAGGAUGGCGGUUGAGUUCGAGUGGCGGACCGGCUUUGCCGCCAAGGACUGGACUGGCGUUGCCAACAAGGGGCAGAUUGAGGCUAUGGAACUGGAGUUGAAGAAGCUGGAAGAUGUCGUGAAGUCCAUCCAUGACGAAAUGUUUUAUCUCCGCGAAAGAGAGGAGCAAAUGCAGGACAUGAACAGAUCGACUAACUCAAGGAUGGCUUGGCUGAGUUUCCUUUCACUUUCUGUCUGUCUUUCAGUGGCUGGCUUGCAGCUAUGGCAUCUGAAGAAGUUUUUCGAGAAAAAGAAGCUUCUUUAAUCAUAGAUUUUUGCCCUCAGUUCCUUCUUUACUUGCGUACAUGUAUCAAUAAUAUGGUAUCACGGACGUUGACGACAAGUUAAACUAGGAACCCUCCUGUUUUGAAACGAAAUGAGGAUCAGCCCAGCAAGUUAACUGUGCAGCUUCGAAUCAAUCUUGAUUGUUGAUCAAUCAAUUGCUCAAACUGGUUUGCACUUGGUCCCUUUGUUCCCAGUCAUAUAAGUUUUGUUUGUUUCA